AUGGCAGACAAGAAAUCAACCUCAACAGAAACAAACCCCCGCGGUAUCCCCGUCGCUCCCUUCGUCGACAAUGUCGCCGAAUACGUCUCCUCCCGCGCAGAGGUCGAACCCACCCUGCGCUCCUUCCAGGAGAUGAUCUCCAAGUACCAGUUCAUGGAAGUGAACACCCAACGACGCGGGCAGGGGCUGCGCGAGAAGAUCCCAGAUAUCAAAAAGACCCUGGAGAUGGUGAAAUUUCUAAAGAUGCGACGAGAUAAUAAUGGCGACGCCCUCGAAACCAACUUCGAACUAAACGAUACCCUAUACGCGCGCGCUACCAUCGAUCCCGCAGACACAGAGGAGGUUUACCUCUGGCUCGGUGCAAAUGUCAUGCUUGCGUAUCCGAUUGACGAGGCCGAAGCCAUGCUCGAUGAGAAGUUGAGUGUGGCCGAAACAACCCUAGCACACUGUGAGGAGGAUCUAGAGUUCUUGCGCGAGCAGAUUACAACACUAGAAGUCGCCACCGCUCGCGUGUAUAAUUGGGAUGUGGUGCAGAGGCGAAAAGAAAAGGCUGAGGGGACGGAAGCGAUUAAUGAGAACACACAACGGGCAGCAUAG